AUGGAGAACGAAACCCCGAAACCCCCGUUAUCGUCCCGUAUAGCAUCAUUGGUGCAUACCCAUUUCGAGGGUCUGCCUGUGCGUAGCAAGCCGACUAUUCAUCCUGAUGGAUCGAGGGAGUGGAUUCCUAUGAGUGCUAUUGUGGUUGUGAAAGGAGAGAAUACUUUAUCUGAGAAAUUGACUUGUGUGGCUGUCACAACUGGUGCAAAAUGCCUAUCAGCUUCUCAGAUAUCGCAAUGCAGAGGUCUAGUACUCCAUGACUGCCAUGCUGAAAUACUGGCCAUCCGUGCCUUCAACUACUGGCUGUUGAAUGAAUGCCACGGUUUUCUGACACAGGAGAGGAAGCUGAAAGAACUAUUACCAGAAGAUGACUCGAAAGGCAACCCUCUAGUCUCUCCAUAUAUCCGCCGGAGAAGUACAAACGACCCAGAUCAUGCAUGGCCUCCAUUUGAACUCUGCCCUGAUAUAAAAAUCUACAUGUACUGCACCUGCGCUCCAUGCGGUGAUGCAAGCAUGGAACUCUGCAUGGCAGCCCAAGAGGAUGCAACACCAUGGGAUGUCACACCACCCAAACCAGAUCCCAAUGCUUCAAAUUCAGAAGAUGAUGACCCUUCCACAAACCUCUUAGAUGGCCGUGCCCACUUCUCCAUCCUAGGCGUGGUCCGUCGCAAACCAGCGCGUAUGGAUGCGGAAUCUACACGCAGCAAGUCGUGCUCGGAUAAGCUUGCUUUACGGCAAGUUUCUUCCUUGUUGUCCCAUGAGACUAGUCUGCUCGUUGCGCCUACGAGAAAUGCGUACUUGGAAGGCGUUAUCCUACCCGAGGAAGAGAUUAGCCGAGUGGGAUGCGAGAGGUCGUUUAGUGAAACAGGCCGGAUGAAGGCAUUGAAUGGUCGAUUAUGGCCUGAAAAUGAGGACAAGCACAGCUAUGGCUAUGGCUAUGGCUAUAGAUUCCAACCGUUCAAAAUCCUUCCCGUCCCAACCGAACAAAUCGAGUCACUCUGGCCAUUUGCUAAACCAAAACCCACCACCCUCACACAAGAAACACACAAGAAAAGCAAACCUGGAAAUGUAUCUGCAAUCUGGACAAUCGCCCCAUCGGUACCAUCCCAUCCAACACCCCCCACACUAGACAACGGCUCCAAGUCUCUGCCAGUACUGCGCGGCUCAAAAACAGGCCUCUAUGAAACCAUCAUCAACGGAGUGAAACAAGGGAACCGUGCAUCCUCGCCUUUGGCGCGUGGCGCUUCGGCCCUCUCGAGGGCGAAGUUGUGGAGCCUUCUGCGUGGUGUGUUGCAGGCGCCGGGUUUUCAUUCUGGGCAGGUAGAACCACGUUUACGGGAUCCGGGCGUCGAUGAACUUCAUUCUGUUGCAGAUAUUGAAGAUCCCUUAUUGCAUGCCGAUGACCUUCGACGAGUUCUUGAAGCGUCUACUUAUCAGGAACUUAAAAGAGCCUUGCUGUCUUCAAAGCCGACUAACGCGCGAGACAAAGCAAUGCAAGAUGCUAAACGAGUACUAAAAGGCUGGAUACCCAACUCAGGAGAUGAAAACUGGGGUUUGGAUGUCCUGGUCGAUCCCAAGAAGCGGAAACGCUGA